UCCCUCUGUAGCGGCGUGGGCGGUGUUUCCUCUGCGAACUCAUUCUUUUGGCCAGCGCUAUAUGCGUUGCCAUCACAUGAGAGGCGGAAGUGACGGCGACUGUGCUGUGUACGGCCCCGGGAGAGUCAUCUCCCCUCCCUACCCGGUGUACUGGGAGGGCCCUGUCCGGGAGCCGCGGUGCUCUCCGGUAGCAAUAACCUCCUUUCCUCUCCUGGACCAUGGCAACUAAUAUGCGAAAAGGUGGAGGGCUCAUCGGUCUUGUGAAAGACGCUUUCCAGCCGCAUCACCACCAUCCAGCUGCUCAGCCUGGGGCAGUGGACCGGAAGACUGUGGAGAAAUGCUGGAAACUGAUGGACAAGGUGGUUCGGUUGUGCCAGAACCAAAGGCUUGCUUUGAAGAACAGCCCUCCCUACAUUUUGGACUUGCUCCCCGACACGUACCAGCACCUUCGCACUAUUAUGUCUCGCUAUGAGGGAAAGAUGGAGAUUCUCGGAGAAAAUGAGUAUUUCAGAGUUUUUAUGGAAAACUUAUUAAAGAAGACAAAGCAAACAAUUAGUUUAUUCAAGGAAGGCAAAGAACGCAUGUAUGAGGAAAAUUCUCAACCAAGGCGGAACUUGACCAAAUUGUCCCUAAUCUUCAGUCACAUGCUUGCAGAGUUAAAGGGAAUAUUCCCCAAUGGGUUGUUUCAAGGAGAUACUUUCCGGAUUACCAAGGCAGAUGCUGCUGACUUCUGGAGAAAAGCAUUUGGCGAAAAGUAUGGAUUCUCUGAUGGAACGAUUGUCCCUUGGAAAAUUUUUCGCCAUGCACUGCAUGAUGUCCACCCUAUUUCAUCUGGUCUGGAAGCCAUGGCUCUGAAAUCCACCAUUGACCUCACAUGCAACGAUUAUAUCUCUGUUUUUGAGUUUGACAUCUUCACUCGACUUUUUCAGCCAUGGUCUUCCCUCCUCAGGAACUGGAAUAGUCUGGCUGUGACUCAUCCGGGUUACAUGGCUUUCCUGACUUACGAUGAAGUUAAAGCACGACUUCAGAAAUUUAUUCACAAGCCUGGGAGUUACAUUUUUCGUCUGAGCUGCACAAGACUUGGUCAAUGGGCAAUUGGAUAUGUUACAGGGGAUGGAAACAUUUUACAGACCAUUCCACACAACAAACCUCUAUUCCAGGCUCUGAUUGAUGGAUUUCGGGAAGGAUUCUAUCUCUUCCCUGAUGGCCGAAAUCAGAACCCAGAUUUAACAGGUCUAUGUGAACCCACCCCUCAGGAUCACAUCAAAGUUACUCAGGAGCAGUAUGAGCUGUAUUGUGAAAUGGGCUCCACUUUCCAGCUCUGCAAGAUAUGUGCUGAGAAUGAUAAAGAUGUAAAGAUUGAACCCUGUGGGCAUCUAAUGUGCACACUGUGCCUAACUUCCUGGCAGGAGUCAGAAGGCCAGGGUUGUCCUUUCUGCCGCUGUGAAAUAAAAGGAACGGAACCUAUUGUAGUGGACCCUUUUGACCCUAGAUGUGGUGGUAUGGCAGAAAUGUUACGCCACUGUUUAGAUGGAGCACCUUCACCUUGUUAUGAAGACGAUGACGAUGACAGUGGAAAUGAUUCUCUAUUUAUGUUAGCUGGGGCUAAGGUCGAAAGACCUCCAUCUCCACUCUCAGUUGCUCCACCGACAGCUCUACCGCCUGUACCCCCUCGCUUAGACUUGCUGCAGCAGAGAACUUCAAAUCCACCAGGGGCUUGUAGUCCUGCAACCAGCUCUAAGGCUUCUACUACUUUACAUCACAAAGACAAACCAUUGCCUGUCCCUCCAACACUUAGAGAUCUCCCACCACCUCCACCCCCAGAUAGACCACAUUCGAUGGUGGGUGACAACAGACCUCAGAGGAGACCUCUUCCCUCCACCCCUGCAGAAAAGCCACUGCCCAUUCCAUCAAGCCGUUCAGACCCUUGGCAUGUUCGUUCUGUCCCCAAAGCUCCAACACCCAGCUUAAAUCCUAGCGACCCAUGGACUGGCAACAAGGAGCUUACCAACCGACACUCUCUGCCUUUUACGUUGCCUUCACAUGUUGAUGAUAAAAGGGUAGAUCGUCAUGGUAGCACACAGAGCUUGGACAACGCUAGUACGAGUGGCUGUGUAGAGCUAUUGUCUGGGCUUGAUAUUGAUGAUCCCAAAGUGAAGCCAUCUUCUUCCGCCAAUGCCAUCUACUCCUUGGCUGCCAGGCCAUUCCCAGUGCCAAAACCUCCAUUAGGAGAUCAAUUAGAAAAUGCUGAUGAUUCAGAGUAUAUGUGCCCAUCUUCUUUACCUGUAAUUCCCCCUGUGGUACCUAAAUGUGAAACAAAGAGACCAGUGGAUGUAAUGUCUUCAGGGAUGAGGCCUGGUGAACAGCUGAUGGAAAGAGAAUCCUAUGAGACAAUGUACAACAUCCAGUGCCAAGCUGCGCCAGUUGUCAUGGAGCCAGGGAGAGAAGCAGAAGAAGAGUUCUCUGCACUGUUCAGCAAUGGACCAGAGGAUGAUGAAGAUGAUGGCUAUGAUAUCCCAAAGCCCCCCUUGCCAAUGGCUCCAGCCCGUCGGACACUUUCUGAUAUCUCUAAUGCCGUACCUGCCUUUAGUUCCAUAACCACUGGCAGAGACCCUGGAGCAGUGACCUUUGAGUCUUCAGCUGUUCCUGAGCGUCCACCAAAACCCUUUCCAAGGAGGAUGAACUCUGAGCGUCGCCCUGCACCCGCAGGUGAUGUAGGAUCUGCUCCACACUCCAGUGAGAUUGAAAGUUUGUUGAACCAGGGCUAUUCUCAACAGGAUGUAAAUAAAGCCUUGCUCAUUGCUCAUAACAACAUUGAAAUGGCUCGAAAUAUCCUUCGUGAGUUUGUAGCCAUACCCUCUCCUCCUCACGUGGCUACAUAGCAGUCGGAUCCACGAAUACUCCCACACAGUUUCAUGAGAAGAGUAAAGAUUGCACCUCUGAUCCUAAAGCUCAUGGUCAGCAGGGAGCAGCUAUGGGACCAGUGGGGGUGGUAAGUGUGGGUACCUGGAUAAAAGGAAGAAAUUGUCCAUACUUGACCCCUAACUGGAAGCAUACAGCGUACGGACACAAGCCUGCCUACUGAUAAGCAUUAUAAAUCAGGUGAUUCCUAACCAAUCAGAACGCACUGUUCUAGAAAGCUCUGUUUCCCCAAUUUUCAUUUUUAUCAUCUGACAAUGCAGAUGUGGGAAGCUUUGAUUGGCUCAGGUGAUUAUCAUGGAUACACUGAACCCAUCUUCUCCACCCUUAACCCUUUUUAAUUUAACUGCCGGUCACUAUAGGCCCUUUGAUUCUGUGUUUUGCGUACAUCGCUCAAGGUGACUUUUUUCACCAACCUCUUUCUUCAGUGUUAUUUAAUAUAACUUACUGGCAUCUUGUAUAGAUGCUAGGUUCUCACUGAUAAAAAUCAUGUUGCCUUAGAAUAAAAAUAACGAAGGCCCUUUAAAAUGGUUGGCAUUUACUGAUUGUCUCAUAUUUCUUGGCCCAGGAUAUCUGUUACCUGCUGCAUAUUUUUGUGGUGUGUGUGUGUGUGCCUUUUUUUUUUUUUUCUUAAUUAUGGAAUCCUGUGACUGAAGGCAAUAAUGCAUUCCAGAGGUUGGGUAGUUGGGUUCUGCUACUCCCAAUUUUAGGGAUGUACUAAUGCCACAUAACUCAGGGUGAAAGGGUGGGGUGCUUAGUUACAAACAGAGAAGAUCUUGUGCAGGGUGGAAGGAAAUAAGGGGUGAAAAUAUACCGUCACUUAUGUGCUCCCCAGACUUUACGAAGAAUAGCAAUGGUUUUGUGACUGUUUCUCUGUAUACCUAACCUAUGUAACAUACAGUAUAUUUGUGUGUAUGU